GGCUAAAGAUAAAAAAACCGGAAGAAUCGUAGCUCUCAAACAAGUACGUCUAGAUUCAUCUAUUGGAGAAAAAGAAGGAAUUCCACCUACUUCACUUCGAGAAAUUUCUUUGCUAAAGGAAUGCAUGAAACAUGAAAAUAUUGUAAAACUACUUGAUAUAGUAAAUCAAGAAAAUAAAUUAUUUCUUGUUUUCGAGUUUCUUACAAUGGAUUUGAAAAGAUAUAUUCAUUCUUCCAAAGAAGGAUUGGAGCAUAAUAAGAUUAUGAAACUCAUGUACCAGCUUCUUGAUGGAUCCACAUUCUUACAUAAACGACGAAUCUUUCAUAGGGAUUUAAAACCUCAAAAUCUGUUAAUUGAUAAAGAAGAAAACCUUAAAUUAGCAGAUUUUGGGUUGGCCAGAGCCGUUGGUAUUCCUUUGAGACCUUACACACAUGAGGUGAUUACUCUGUGGUAUAGAGCUCCAGAACUUAUGCUCGGUAGUCCAACUUAUUCUUUUGCUGUUGAUAUGUGGAGUAUUGGAUGUAUAUUUGCCGAAAUGGUUAAUAAGAAGGUCUUAUUCAAGGGAGAUAGUGAAAUAGAUGAACUUUUUCGAAUCUUUCAUGUUUGGCCUAGCAUAACACAAUUUAGAGAUUUCAAACCUGUUUUUCCAAAAUGGAAACCACAACCCCUUGAUAAAUACGUUCCUACUUUAAGCUCUCUUGGUGUUGAUUUGCUCAGUAAAAUGUUGACAUACGACGACAUAUUACGCAUUUCAGCCAAACGUGCUUUAUCACAUCCUUUUUUCAACGAAAUAAAUGAAAAUAGUCGUUGUUUGUCGUCGAGACCAUUAAUAAAGGAUCAAUGCGAGCAUGAAACUGAUGCGGCACACCAACAAUCUUCUGAUACUAGCAGCCUUACAAAUUCUAAGUCAAAUUUUAUAAGCAAAAGUAAAUGCGAAACUAAUAUUGAAAAAGAAUAUAAACAACCUACGGAAAUGAAUUCUACAGUGGGUGUUAGUAAAGCUGAGCCUGUUCCAUGGCGACUUUAG